AUGACCUCCUGCUACAUCAGCUCAUCCCACUGUCUGGGCAGCACCCAGAUGCCCGAAGCUGCAAAUGUCUGUGGCUCCUCCAUUGACAUUGGGGUUCAGCCUGGGGCAGAGGCCAAGGCUGCAUCCCUGUGCCUGUCUGCCACCCUGGCACAUGCCAACCGAAUGCGUGUGGGGGCAACCCCUCUGGGCCGACCCAGCCUCUGUGUGCCCUACAGCUGCCAAGCUGCUUGCUCCUUGCCAGGGACCCGUGACAUUCCUGGAAACAUUGGAGUGUGUGAGAACUAUGGGGAAGGUGCCCCAAACGGCCAUGAGAAGGUGACCAUGCAGUUCCUGAAUGACCGCCUGGCCAACUACCUGGAGAAGGUGCGCCAGCUGGAGCGGGAGAACGCGGAGCUGGAGACCAAGAUCCGAGAGUCGAGCAAAUGCCAUGAGUCCACUGUGUGUCCAGACUACCAGUCCUACUUCCGGACGAUUGAGGAGCUCCAGCAGAAGAUCCUGUGCAGCAAGGCUGAGAAUACCAGGCUGAUAAUCCAAGUUGACAAUGCCAAGCUGGCUGCUGAUGACUUCAGAAUCAAGCAUGAGAGUGAGCUGUCCCUACGCCAGGUGGUGGAGGCAGACAUGUGCGGGAUGCAUAAACUCCUAGAUGACCUGAGCCUGGCCAAGGCUGACCUGGAGGCCCAGCAGGAGUCCCUGAAGGAGGAGAUGCUCUGCCUCAAGAGCAACCAUGAUUAUUUGCCACUACAGAAGGACUGCCUGCAGAACUCGCUGUGUGAGGCAGAUGAGCGCUUUGGCACCGAGCUGGCCCAGAUGCAGAUCCUGAUCAGCAAUGUGGAGGAGCAGCUGUCUGAGAUCCGGGCUGACCUGGAGCGGCAGAACCAGGAGUACCAGGUGCUGCUGGACGUCAAGGCCAGGCUGGAGUGCGAGAUCAACACAUAUAGGAAGCUUCUGGAGAGCGAGGAUUGCAAACUCCCCAUCAAUCCCUGCUCUAGAGCUGCCUCCUGUGUUCUUCAUCCAAGCUGUGUCCCGGCCACCUGCCCUCUCUAA